AUGGAGGUGGCCGAACUGGAGGUGGCCGAACUAGAGGUGGCAGAGCAGAAGGUGGCUGAGCAGAAGGUGGCUGAGCAGAAGGUGGCUGAGCAGAAGGUGGCUGAGCAGAAGGUGGCAGAGCAGAAGGUGGCAGAGCAGAAGGUGGCUGAGCAGAAGGUGGCUGAGCAGAAGGUGGCAGAGCAGAAGGUGGCAGAGCAGAAGGUGGCUGAGCAGAAGGUGGCUGAGCAGAAGGUGGCAGAGCAGAAGGUGGCAGAGCAGAAGGUGGCUGAGCAGAAGGUGGCUGAGCAGAAGGUGGCUGAGCAGAAGGUGGCUGAGCAGAAGCUGGCAGAGCAGAAGAAGGUGGCUGAGCAGAAGGUGGCUGAGCAGAAGGUGGCUGAGCAGAAGGUGGCUGAGCAGAAGGUGGCUGAGCAGAAGGUGGCUGAGCAGAAGGUGGCUGAGCAGAAGGUGGCUGAGCAGAAGGUGGCUGAGCAGAAGGUGGCUGAGCAGAAGGUGGCUGAGCAGAAGGUGGCUGAGCAGAAGGUGGCUGAGCAGAAGGUGGCUGAGCAGAAGGUGGCCGAACUGGAGGUGCCCGAACUGGAGGUGGCCGAACUGGAGGUGUCCGCGCCACUCCAUUUCACUAGCCGUCUUGAUCAUGACAGAAAUGGAGACAGAAAAUUUGGAAAUCAGAUUGCAAAAAUGUACAAGCUUCCUGAAAUUUGUUCCCAGAAAAUUCCGAUGUAG